AUGGUCGAAAAAUUAGGUCCAAUUGAAAAUUUAUCAUUUAUUCUAAAUGUCAACGAAGAAGGCCCUAGAAGCUAUUCAGAUUUCCCAAGGAGUAUCCACGAGCUUUCUCAAAGGGUCAGCAGAGAGCUAGGAGUCUCUUGAAAUUAUUUGACUGUUGAAUUUGAAGAUGACGGAGAAUCCCUACUCUGAAGACCAUUAAAAACUGAGGCAGAUUUUGCAAGGGCUGUAGAUACCAUGAAUGGGCAAGGUCUCUAUUUAAAAGUCACUAAAAAACGAAAUGCUCCUGCAAUGGAGCCACCUCAGCCUAAAAUUUCUCAUAUUACCACAAAUUUAAUUCAGCAUGCUAUGAAAAAGACAAAUUGGCGAUGCCAAAGAUGUGGAAAACUGAACCUGGCCAAUGAAAAUAUAUGCAACAUUUGUAGUUAUUCAAGAAAUUAA